GGGGAUGUGGCAUGGCAUAUUGACAGCUGGGAGAAUAUUUUUUGCAGGAUUCAAUUCAUUUUGAUUUGACUGCAUAUUUUGACUGACUGUGCUGUCCCUUCUUAACCCCAUGGAUUAACUCAAGUUAUAAUUAAUUACAUUCCCAGUCUCUAAAUUUUCAGUUAUUAAUUAUUUUAUAAAUGAAUUGCUACCAUGUCUACUGUGCCCGAAGUUUUAUCGGAUAGUAAUGUUGCAGUCACAGGACCUUCUACAUCCACGUCGCAAGUUUUGCCAUUAACGAGUUCUGUGUUUAACGACAACCAACAAGCAGUUACUAAUGCAUCUAAACACCUUUCGAGCUCAGAGUUAUCUUCGCACGAGGUGGACGAUGUUACGAAUAACCAUACACCUACUCAAGGACUUACAAAUUCCACAGCAACUGAUAUCUCAGCGCAGUGUAAAAGAUUAAGCUUAAACGAAGUUAAUGAAUCGAACAGUCCAGGUAAAAUUCCCGGACCAAAAAAGAAAAAUGCAAAGAAAAAAGAAAAAUUGAAACAGUUACAAAUGCCUCCUACACAGAAUACACAACAUCAACAGGUUGAGUUCCUGACAAGUGCUGUUCAAGAAUUUUUUAAGAGCCAAGUUUCUCCAUUAUAUGCUCCUACCUGUAGUCGUUAUUUAGAAAAUAUGUGUCAUCACCCUCAAUAUAAGUACACAAAUAGUCCAGUACAGUUAGCAGGAAGUGUGCCUACUACACCAUUGUCUCAUUGGGCCCAGAUAUCAGCAUCUGGGAGUGUUCCAAAUUCUCCAUAUGUUGCAAGAGAACCUAUUACACCUAGGUACAUCCAAAAUGCUUUACAACAUCCUUUGUUGAGUCAGUCUUUUUCUGAAAGUCGUGAUAAUUCUUUCCAGUAUGACUUAGCAAAGCAGAAUGUUUUAAGAAAUGUAUUACCAAUGCAAAAUGUUAAUCUGAAAAAUAUACAAACAGAAGGAGGAACCAAAAAAUCUCCAAAACAUAAGAACAAGAAGAAGGAACAAUCUAAGGAGGAAGAUAAAAAGUUUGACUCUUAUUUAUCUAUUAAUGAAGUUGAAUUUGGUUUAAAAAAGGCAAGUUUUGUGGAAGGGUUUAUAAGAAUUAAUCCAAAGCAGUUCCAACAUGCAUAUGUUUCCAGUACUGACCGCAGUGAACAAGAUGUCCUAAUAGAUGGAUUAAAGCAUCGUAAUCGUGCAUUGGAGGGUGACCUUGUUGUGGUUCAGAUACUAGAUGAUGUACCUUCUAACAAUGGGCAGGAUAUGCAGAAAAGGGGGAAAGUUGUUUACAUCAAGGAAAAAGUACACAGAAGGACUUGUAUAGGUCAUUUGAAAUUAAUGGCAGAUCGAAAUAGGCAAAAAGCUUUGUUUGUGCCUCGAGAUCAUCGGAUGCCCAGGCUCAAUAUACCAUUUACCAGCUGGCCUGACAACUUUUAUAAAGAACAUAGAAGUUAUGAAAAUACACUUUUUUUAGCCAAAAUUAUUGAUUGGUCAGACACUAGAUUUGCUUUAGGAAAAAUUAUAUGUAACAUUGGACAAUCAGGUGAUAUGGUAUCUGAAACAAAAGCAAUACUUGCUCAAAAUGAUUUAGAUAUAACACCUUUUGGGCCGGAAAUUAGACACUUAUUUCCUCGCCUUGACUAUGUGAUUCCAGAAGAAGAAUUAAAGAUCAGAGAAGAUUGCCGAUCUCUUUGUAUAUUUAGCAUCGAUCCAUCAAACUGUCGUGACAUUGAUGAUGCAGUUUCAUGUUGCAAACUUGAAAAUGGUAAUUAUGAGAUAGGGGUCCACAUUUCUGAUGUAGCCCAUUUUUUAACAGAAAAUACGAUUUUAGAUGAAAAAGUGGCCAUGAAAGCUACAACAAUUUACUUGGUAGAAAAGGCUUACCACAUGUUGCCAGAUGAGCUAUGCAUGUUGUGUUCUCUGUUUCCUGGUGUUGACAAGUUAGCAUUUUCUGUGUUUUGGGAGAUAACUGAAAAUGCUGAAGUCUUAAGGCAUAGAUUUUCUAAGACAGUCAUUCAUUCAUGCUGUCAGUUGGCAUAUGAUCAUGCACAAGCUAUUUUGGAAGAUAGACAAGAUUCAGAGGAUACAUUUCCUGAAACAUAUAAUGGAUAUAAAUAUGAUGAUAUCUAUAAAUCAAUCAAGAUUUUAGGUAAAAUUUCUUCAAUUUUGCGAAGAAAUAGAUUUAAUAGUGGAGCUUUAAGGAUUGAUCAGCCAAAGGUUACAUUUCAUCUAAAUGCUGUUAAUGGACUGCCAGAGAACUUUUGGAUUUAUGACAGUAAAGAAAGUCAUCAGCUUAUAGAAGAAUUCAUGUUGCUUGCAAAUAUGACUGUUGCUAAACGAAUAAAGGAUGAUCAUCCUGACUUAGCUUUCCUGAGAUGUCAUCCACCACCUAGCCUUUACAUGAUGAAACAGUUGGCUAAAGCUCUGAAACCUAUGGGAAUUAAUUUGGAUAUCACUUCAGCUGGAGACCUACAUAGAUCAUUGUUGCCAUAUGUUGGCCCAGAUAGCUCAGAUAAAGGCAGGGCCAUGGUUUUGAAUAUGUUGUGUGCAAAGCCUAUGACAAGAGCAAAGUAUUUUUGUGCACAUGGCUGUGACGAUGAUGAUUUUCAUCAUUAUGCCCUCAAUGUUCCAUUGUAUACUCAUUUCACAAGUCCUAUAAGAAGAUAUGCUGAUAUAAUGGUUCACAGAUUAUUGGCAGCUAGUUUGAACUAUAGGGCAGUGCCUGCGUGGGAAGUGGAUAAAGUGCGCAUGGUGGCAGCACAAUGUAACAAGCAAAAAUAUAAUGCCAAAAAAGCUGGUGAAAUGUCUACAGAGUUGUACACUUUGAAGUAUAUUGAAAUGAAUUCCCCUUAUACGACUGAGGCUGUGGUAGUGGAGAUUAGGGAUAAAUAUAUUGAUGUUAUUAUUGUCGCAAUGGGUUUGAACAGAAGACUUUUCUUUAAUAAUGAUUUCCCUGGUGUUUAUGAGUGUAUUAAAAACGAUGCUGGGUCAAAAUUGUCAAAAAUGCAACUGACAUGGAAAGCUACAGAAAGUUCACCUGAAAUAAAACAGCUCAUAGAAGUAUUUUCUAUUUUACAUGUUGAAUUAUAUAGAGAUGAUGACAUGGUUAAAGUAGAAAUCAAACUUGUCCGGCCUCAAUAAAACUAAUUUCAUGCAUGCUAUUUUUAUACUGAAGUUUAUAUUUGGUAGGCCCAUUCUCGACGUGACAUGAAUGUAUAUAAAUCUUGCAUUUAACAAAUCUACAUAGAAUGAAGCAUAAUAUUAUGUUUUGUGUUCUUUUAAGCUAUGUAAGGUAAUUGAGUGAAAAUUUGUUUUAAUUGUAAUAGGAUUUGUUCCUUGCAUUUACUUGCCAGAUUGUAUGAAUAGAUUUUGUAGACAAUUUUAAUAGGACACUAUUUUUGUUGUUAUUGGUCAUAAUGACAUAGUAAUUUACUCAUACAAUAUUCAAUGAAUUGAUUUGUUUCUUUACAUUAAGCAACAAAGGAGCAUUUUAGUGACGAUUUUUUACAAUAUUGAAAACAUAAUGUUAUACAUAAUUGUUGUAAUUUAUACUUAUAUAUUUUAUAAUUAACUUUACUGUAAUAAAAAUAUGUUUUCAAUAUUUUAAAAAUGAUGAAUUUUGUACAAAAGACGUAUUUUUAUUUAUUGUUUGACUUAAAAUUGUUAUUAGUUAUCUGAUGUGAUUGUAAUAAAAUGUUUGAGAAUUAGGUUCAUUUUGUGAUGUGCAUAUUUUAUACAUUGCACCAUUGUUUGUGUACGUAGUGGAAUAUCGACCAGUAAUAAAACAUACUGACAUAAAUAGUAUAAGGUCAAGAGCUCAAUCAAAGUAUGCCCCAAUGGCGAAUAAAUGCGUAAAUGAAAAAAAAA